UUUUAUCCGCAGCAGUGGAGUCGAACUCCAUCCAGCUCUCCAGCUUCCUCGCACAGAUUUGGCGCGGCGCCGGAGCUGACACGAUCUCCUCCUCCGCCCCUCGGUAGUCGGAUGCCUGGACCUCAAUAAGAGCUUCGGGAUACUUCCGCGUUCAUCUCGAUCCAAGGCGUCGUUUCAGCUGGAUUUGACGCCGAGAUGAGGCUCAUGUCCAGGAAGCGGCACCGGCACCGCCGGCAAAUCCGGGACGGUACGCACCCUAUACCCCUUCCUCUCUCCCUCCAUGAUUCAUCUAUGUGCCGGUGUAUGUCUCCUCUUUCCCAUCCGUUAGUGUUGGAGGGAAGGGGGGCUCAACUUUUCUUUUUUUUUGUGAAGGCAAGACUUAACUUUUUGAGUAUUCAAGGUGGAGCAAGCUGAUUCAGUUAGGUAGUUCUAAGUUGGGCUACCGCCGUUUAUUUUUGUUCGGGCAAAAAAAAAAGUGGUUAGGGGGAUCGAGGAGGCUAGCUCAUGGAUGCCUCUCCCCUUAAUGCCAAUGUGGAUUUCUCCUUGAAAGAGAAUUAAUCUGCCAGAAAGUGAGAUUGCAACUUGCAAGUGCGUCCCUAAUCGUCUGUGAAAGCGCUAGGGGCAGCUGCGGCUUCAUGGUUAGGCUAGGCGCUGCACCCACGUAAGCUGUCAAACCUUGCUCCAAGACGGGCAGCCGCUCCAGGCGCUGCUGAUUCAGGCAGCAACGUUUGAGGGUUAGGGCUGGGGAGGUGUUGAUGUUGGCGACGCUGCAGCGGUGGCGUGCUCAUUGAGGAAAGGGAGAGGCGUUGGUGUUUGUAGCAGGGGUUCCUUGGCGAAGAUUCAAGGGUUACCUCAAGCACUCCUUUGACCCUCGGUGACUCAACAAGACGUUUGACCAGUCUACGAGACGCUGCUCGGCUUCUUCUGGCUGGACACCUCGACUCUACUUGUUAGACCAGCAGCAAUAAAUUUAUGAAAGAAAGUGCUCACCCUGCCAACAAGAUGAUACUUCUCCAUGUGGCGAAGGAAUAAGGUUGGGGCCCUACCUUCCAGAGGACAUCUGGCGACAUAUUCAUGCUCUAAUGCCACUGCGAGACGCUGCUCGUGCGGCAUGUGCGUCACACACAUUUCUGAGAUCGUGGAGAUGCCGUCCCAACCUUACUUUUAGGGGGGAAACACUAGGUUUGAAUGGAAGGCGACAUGUUAUCAAGAGGGAAGAAAUGGCAAGAGACCUCAUCAGGAAAGUUGACCAUAUUCUUAAAAAUCACUCAGGGAUUGAAGAACUCGUCAUGUCUCUGUCUUAUGACAGUGAGGAAGCAUACGAUUUCCCAUGCUCACUUUUAUUUAAUGGGAGUCAAAACUCAAUAAGGUAUCUUCGCCUCUCUUAUUGUGCCUUUCGUCCCACAACUGAGCUUGGUUGCUGCAGAAGCUUGACAACUUUGUUUCUGAGUCAUGUUUGGAUUGCGGACCAAGAGCUAGAGUGGCUUCUUUCCAAUUCUACCGCAUUGGAGAAGUUGAGACUCCUGAGUUGCACUGAGAUCGUUUGCCUGAAGAUACCUUGUCUGCUGCAGCGGCUCAGCUUUCUAAGCGUGGCUGCUUGUCGCAAGCUGCAAGUGAUAGAGAGCAACGCUCCGAAUAUCUCCACUUUUCAUUUCACUGGUAACUUAGUACGGAUCUCACUUGGAGGUGCAUUGCAAGUAAAGGAUGCCGAAAUGUAUUGCAUGCAUGAGUCCAACAUGAUUCGGUAUGCUCGGACCAAGCUUCUAUCCUGGGCGCCAAAUGUUGAAACCCUUAGCAUAGCAUCAAAUAAUGAGAUUAUCAGUACGCCAAUGCUACCUGGCAAAUUCGUCCACCUCAAAUACUUGCGCUUUACUCUAUAUGAAGAUGAGGCUAUUUCACCAGCCUGCGAUUAUCUUUCUCUAGUUCCUUUCCUUGAAGCUUCUCCUUGGUUGGAGACCUUCAUCUUUCAAGUGAUACGGCGGAGUAUGAAGCAUGAGUCGAUCAUUGGGGAUUCCUCACAUCUGAGACAGCUGCCAGAACAUCGCCAUGACAAGCUAAAGAGUGUGUCGAUUGGUGGCUUCAGCUCUGCCAAGAGCUUGGUCGAGUUGACAUGUCAUAUUGUUGAGAACGCAUCAGCACUUGAGUGCCUUUUAUUGGAUACUACUCGAGGUAGCUUCAGCCCGGAUGGGUGUUCCGUGGAUAAACCUGGCCAAUGUGCUCGUAUGGGGAGGAAAUUCCUCGUGGAGGCAUGUAGAGCACGUUUGGCUAUUAGAACACACAUUGAGGGAAUAAUUCCCUCUAGAGUUAAAUUAGAUGUUGUCGAGCCUUGCAGACGAUGCCAUGAUGUUGAGCAUCGAGAUAGCAUCGGUGUUUAAUGUUUAAUCAUGUAAACAUUAAAUCUUUGUAUAAUGUUUAAUCACGUGCUUGCACUUUUUA